GCCCCAACACAAAAACCCAAGUUCAAUGGCGGGCAGCAACAAUGGUGGAAUGAUUACACCACGUACCGUCCAAUGAUUGAGCUGCCUCACCUUGGGUCCUGUUGAGAAGAAGAAGAAGAAGAAGAAGAAGAAGAAGAAGAAGAUGAAGUCCAUGAACAACAACAACAACAACGGCAGCUGGUUGGGCUUCUCCCUCUCCUCUCACAUGAACAUGGAGGUGCCUGCCGACCCACACCAUCAUCACCAAUCCCAGCCUCCUCCCGGUGCCGUCUCCGCAGCCUCUGCUAGCCUCUUCCUCUCUCCUCAGCUGAGCAGCUCUGGCUUCAGCUACGGGGUGAGUGAGAAUGGGGGAUACUACUCUCAGCUGUCUUCCAUGCCUCUCAAGUCUAAUGGGUCUCUCUGCCUCAUGGAAGCCCUCAGCAGAUCACACGAACAAGCAAUGGUGCCAUCUCCAUCCCCCAAACUGGAAGACUUCUUAGGCUGUGGUCCAAACAUGGGGACCCAUCAGUACGGGAACCAUGACAGGGGAGCAAUGGCUUUAAGCUUGGACAGCAUAUACUACCACCAGAAUCCAGAGCCUGAGGGCAACGGAAGCCAUCCAUCGGGCAUCCUCCAUGAGCAGCUCCCAUACUUCCAGCCGCUGCAACAAGGCAUCUGUUCUCUGCUGACGAGCCAUGAGAUGUACCAGGCUCCAUUGGAGGGGCAAGCUGUGAGGGAUGAAGCCAUCCCAAGGCUUAGGAACUGGGUGACCGGUGGCAGCAACGGUGAUGUGGGUGAUGGGAUGGGCUCUGGUCCUGUUGCUGCCAUGGGGUAUGGAGAUUUGCAAUCUCUGAGCUUGUCCAUGAGCCCCGUUUCACAGUCCAGUUGUGUCACUGCUCCACAGCACGCCUCUUCUGCCACAGCUGAUGACUACGUGAUCUUAGAUCCUACCAAGAAGAGAGGCGCCGGGAAAGGAGGCCAAAAGCAACCGGUCCACCGGAAGUCGAUCGACACAUUUGGGCAGAGAACAUCUCAGUACAGGGGUGUUACGAGGCAUAGAUGGACCGGCAGAUACGAAGCUCAUCUGUGGGACAACAGUUGCAAGAGGGAAGGCCAAACCAGGAAAGGAAGGCAAGUUUACUUGGGGGGUUACGACAUGGAAGAGAAAGCUGCGAGAGCCUACGACUUGGCGGCACUAAAAUACUGGGGAACGAGCACACACAUCAACUUCAUGCUGGAAGAUUACCGGGAAGAGCUCGAGGAAAUGAAGAACAUGAGUCGGCAGGAAUACGUCGCCCAUCUAAGAAGGAAGAGUAGCGGGUUUUCCCGAGGAGCAUCAAUCUAUCGAGGAGUGACGAGGCAUCACCAACAUGGAAGGUGGCAAGCUCGGAUAGGGAGGGUCUCAGGGAACAAGGAUCUUUAUCUUGGAACCUUCAGUACCCAAGAGGAAGCAGCUGAGGCAUAUGACAUUGCCGCAAUCAAGUUCCGUGGCCUGAAUGCCGUCACCAACUUCGACAUCUCGCGAUACCAUGUGGAGAAGAUCAUGGCAAGCAGCACUCUGCUUGCGGGUGAACUCGCGAGAAGGAACAACAACGUCGAGCCCUCAGCUCCAAGCAGCAACCGGGAGCUUAAUCUAACUGCGGACAACAUCACGAGUAGCUAUCAGUCCACCAACCAAACAUCACCGAUCCCCCAAGAACAAAAUCAGACGCUAAUAACUAGCAGUGCUGGAUUUCCAAAUGAGCACUCGGCAAGCAAUCUGCACAGUGUAGUCAGCAUGAACACCUCGGCACAAGGCAUCGGUGAUUCGGCCAAUCUGGUGACUGCUCCAGGAAUGAAUCCUUCAUCUCUGUUUACCAGCUUGAGCAGCUCCAGAGAAGGGAGUCCUGAUAGGACUGAUAUUUCCAUGCUCUUUGCUAAGACCCCUCCAAAGCUCAUCAGUCCUACACCGCUGCACUCAUGGAUGCCAUCAACCCAGCUAAGGUCUGCGCUGCCCUUGUCUCACAUGCCAGUGUUUGCUGCUUGGACAGAUGCAUGAGCCUCUCUGCAACUUCAAACUGAUGCAACUGAAGGUAGCACAAAUCCCGGUGAUCGAGAAGGCUGGAGAGUAGGGAAGUAAUAGUUAAGUGUAAGCUGCUUGUGGGUGGACAUUGGUCGGAUAUCCAUGAGAUCUGUAGGUACCUUGGCCUCAGUGGCCUUUUCCAGUGGCCUUCAAGUGUUUUGUAUCUUCUCCUUGGCCACUUGGGGAAGGGUUUUGCAGUAUGGAGGCUUUGGAGGUUUUA